UCUCCCUCCUUCCUUCCGACACCCCAAUAUGCCCAAACAUCUCCUCUACUCUUCAUCUAGCACGUCCAGAGUGACGUCCAAGUCGCUUAUCCGCUCCCCAGCUAAACGAAAGGUACGUACGCCCACUAAGACUCCUACUGUGAAAACACUCGAGCAACUCGUAUAUAUCACAGACGCCACGCUUGACUACCAGCUUGAUACCAGCACCGACGUGUUAAAUGCCCUAGAUCACAUUGUGGACAAUCUCUGGGAGGAUUUUCCGCAGGCUGGCGUCUCUAAAAAGCUCAUGCUGGAGGUGGCGGCGUUGCGGCGCGGGAUUCCCAAGGCGGCAACGGUUCACCAAUUGUACACCGUCUUCCGCGACCAGACGUAUGUGGAUCGCGAGUUGCAGAGGGCUUUCGCCGAUAAUACGAUUAAGCGUAUUCGCGUAAAUUCAGACAACGAGUUUCUGAUUCGCACAGCACACUACGACGCAGUGUUACAGGAAGGCCUCAGGAAAGACAUUUCGCUGGAAACCCGGACCUUAUUGGAGCAGUUUUCGCACUUAAUGAACGCCUAUAACUUUGUCAGUAUAGAGCGGGAGAAAAUGCAGGCCCACGGGUUUACGCCCCCACAGCUUUCCAAGCUUGUGGAUCUCGGUUUCUUGACGCUCUUCCAGACCUCUACCGACUCCACAAGUGUUGUUUAUUCUCUCUCGCUUCCAAACAUCGGCCUCUUACUCAAAGUGUUGAUGCAUGCACGAAAGUGGCUCGCAAAGAGCAUCACGAUCCACAACCGCAGUUGGAAGGAGAUCACAGACACUCAGUUAGCGGCCCGGUGGGAGUCCAGUAAGGCCAAAUGGAGCGGAUUCAAGGGCAUCCGCAUGACGUGGGUAUUGUACGAUUGUUUGGGUGCGGGUACUCUUGAAGUGUUCAGAACGCCUGUGGGGGUUGCCUGGAAGUUGACUGGGAAGGUUUAAUUGAUGGGGACUUGACGAAAGAAUUGAAGUAGAUGUAUCUAGUUUCCACCAUAUGAUCGCGAGCGCUGCAAGUGUAAGACUAAGGCUUUAAACUAUCCGGAUAAUGGCAAUAGAGCGUAUACGAAGAAAGAAAUAUACCAGUAAACGGAGUUCGGGCAGAAUGUCCUAGUGGGUACGAUAAGUUAAAAAGGAUGUGGAUAAACGGUGCGUGUGGUUAGAUAAAAUACCUCCUAGCAUAAAG